AUGCGGGGGCUGCGCGGGGCGCGGGCGGCGCUGGCGCUGCUGCUGGCGGCGGCGCUGGCCCCGGGGCCGGCGCGGCCGCACCCGCAGUGCCUGGACUUCAAGCCGCCGUUCCGGCCGCCGCGGGGCCUCGCCUUCUGCCGCCGUUACGCCGAUUUCGGCUGCUGCGACCCCCGCCGCGACCGCGCCUUGCUCCAGCGCUUCUACCGCCUCAGCGCCCGCCUCGACGGGCCCACCUACGCCGCCUGCGCCGGGCACCUGCAGGACCUGCUCUGCCAGGAAUGCUCUCCAUAUGCAGCUCACCUGUACGAUGCCGAGGAUCCCUCUACCCCUGUGCGGACAAUACCCGGACUUUGCCAAGACUAUUGCCUGCAAGUGUGGCAAAAAUGCCGCUCCAUUUUUCGCUAUCUCUCUGCAGACCAAGAGUUAAUGGCACUGGAGAACAACAUGGCAAAAUUCUGCCACUACCUGUCCUUGGAGGACACAGACUACUGCUUCCCACAGCUGCUGGCUAACCAGAACCUUAACCAAAACCUGGGGUUAGUGACUGCGGACGCGGAGGGUUGUCUCCAGCUCUGCCUCGUGGAGGUCGCCAACGGGCUGCGCAAUCCCGUAGCGAUGGUGCACGCCAACGAUGGCACCCACAGGUUCUUCAUUGCAGAGCAGGUUGGCCUGGUGUGGACCUACCUCCCCGAUCGAUCCAGGCUUGAAAAGCCAUUUCUGAACAUCAGCAAAGCCGUACUUACCUCACCUUGGGAAGGAGACGAGAGAGGUUUUCUAGGUAUUGUCUUCCAUCCUAAAUUCAAAUUUAAUGGUAAAGUGUAUGUCUACUAUUCAGUUGAAGUCCGUUAUGAAGAGAGAAUCCGAAUCAGUGAGUUCAGAAUUUCUCCUGCUGACAUGAAUGCUUUGGACCAUGGUUCUGAAAGGAUAAUCCUGGAAAUAGAAGAACCCGCUUCCAACCAUAAUGGAGGAGAGCUGCUCUUUGGAGAUGAUGGGUAUCUGUAUAUAUUUACUGGAGACGGAGGCAUGGCUGGGGAUCCUUUUGGGACCUUUGGCAACGCCCAGAACAAAUCAACGCUGCUGGGCAAAGUGCUGCGGAUUGAUGUGAACAACAAUGACCGUGGGCCUUUGUACCGAAUCCCUCCUGACAACCCUUUUCUUAACGACCCUAAGGCUCGCCCCGAAAUCUAUGCAUAUGGAGUGAGAAAUAUGUGGCGCUGCUCUUUCGAUAGGGGUGAACCUCACACCAAGGAAGGGAAAGGGCGGCUCUUCUGUGGAGACGUGGGGCAGAAUAAAUAUGAAGAAAUCGACAUCGUUGAGAAAGGGAAAAAUUACGGCUGGAGGGCGAGGGAAGGGUUCAGCUGUUACGAUAAGAAACUUUGCACCAAUUCUUCAAUGGAUGAUGUGCUUCCAAUUUAUGCAUAUCCACACAAAAUGGGGAAAUCUGUUACGGGAGGCUAUGUCUAUCGGGGUUGCGAGUCUCCAAACUUGAGUGGCCUGUACAUAUUUGGUGAUUUUAUGAGUGGACGCCUGAUGUCUUUGAAGGAAGAUCGUGCUACCAGAGAGUGGCAGUACAGUGAAAUCUGCAUGGGGACUGGACAAACAUGCAUGUUCCCUGGGCUUAUCAAUAACUAUUAUCAAUACAUCAUCUCCUUUGCUGAAGAUGAAGCAGGGGAACUUUACUUCAUGUCUACUGGCAUACCAAGCGCCACGGCUCCCCAUGGAGUGGUGUACAAAGUGGUGGACACCUCUAGAAGAGCACCACCAGGAAAAUGCCGAGUUGAGCCGUCACCGGUGAAAUUAAAAAGCAAGCGCAUCCAGUUUGUGCCAAAGGAGAAGCUUAUUGUGAAAGCACCAAAGUCGCGUCCCCGGCUGAAGGCCACAACCCAGGCCCCCUGGGGAGGCAGAGCAGACCCCCACACGCCGGCUGUGAACUGGGUGGGCCAAGCCUCACUGCCACUGGGGAACCGAAGCCGUACACCCACCACCCCCACGCCAGGCGGCAGGACCCCCAAGCCCAGGAAGGGAGGACAGAGGAGGGGACAGCGCAGGAAGAAGAAACCUCCCGGCCGGGCCCCGCCACUGCAAAAUGGCGCUGUGAGGCUGGUGGAGCAGCAGGGCCGCGGCCAGAGCUGGGGCCGGGUGGAGGUUUACAUCGAUGGCGAGUGGGGCACGGUGUGCGACGAUGGCUGGAGCUUGCCCGCUGCUGCCGUGGUGUGCCGCCAGCUGGGCUUCCCCUACGUGGUGCGGGCCAGCAAGAAGGCAGAAUUUGGGGAAGGGACCUCCCUUCGCAUUCUCCUGGAUGACGUCCAGUGCUCCGGGCAGGAGAAGACGCUGCUGGAGUGCGCCCACGCUGAUGUCGGCACACACAACUGUUCCCACGAGGAGGACGCCGGCGCGGUGUGCAGCCGGGAGGAGGUGGCAGACUGGUGACAGAGGAGCUGGGGAAGGUGCUGAGGGACUCGGAGCACGUCCCUUUCUUGUCCAACCUUCUGAACCAACACCGGUAUUGAGGAGGGUGUGCUUUGCCUUGAGGAUGCUGCAUCUGUUCAAAGUAACCUGCGGUUUUCUUCAUCCCCAUGCGUCUGCCUUGGCGGGAAAGAAAAAGUAAAAUGGAGCAGUGCCUUGAGUAUGUCAUGAGCAGGGACUGCAUUUGUAUAGGGUUUUUUAAUAGGAAAACCCCAAACAUCAGCCAUUAUAGAUUAGAAGAGAGAUACAUCCUGUUGCCAUUUCCCCUUUUGAAAUACAGCAUUCCUCAGCUGUGCUUCACAAUGUUUUGCGGAAAAAUAAAUUCCCAAAUAACCAUCUUUUGCUCUUAUGGAAGUGUUUGCAUUGUUUGUCUUGCUUUGCCACCUGCAGCUCUGAGUGGUGGCUUCUAAGCAUGUGUAAAUCUGUGCCUUCCUUUGCAGAAUACAAAAGUAGAAUUUUUUUUUUAACUUCCCAUGCACUAGUUUAAAGCAAAAGUAUUCUUCUGUAAUGUUUUUUUAUUGGUAUAAGUCUGUUGGUUAUCAAAGAUAACUGUGUAUAAGCAAAAUCAGAUAAAUUAGAAAAAGUUAGAGCAUACUGUCUGGGAAGUAUUUCUGCAGUUUAUACUAGCCUACAUAACAAGAAAUUCUGGCCUUUUUUAUAUGAACCAGAUCCUUAUCCAGUUUAACCCUGAAGAUACUUUGUACUUGUUUCUCCACUUUCCCAAACAUUGUGAAGCCACAUGUUUUUGUGUUCAGUUUUCACAGGUGUAAAUGACUAGACAAGAAGUAAUUGUACCGGGGUAAUAAUCCUGUAAUAUUUACCCCUUUUUAAAGGAUAUUAAAAAAAAACCCCAAACUCAUUUUGUCUGAAAUCUGGUUUUCACCUGAGUGGUGAUUGGAGACACAUGUUCUCCUCAUGUGGUCUCUUUGCAUUUGAUUGCAUUUUGCCUGGUUAUUUUUUUCCCCAGUGUAAUCAGAAUAGGUUUUAUCUUGCUGCUCAGUCAAGAACAUGAGUGAGACAAAAUGAAACAAAUGUAAAAUGACUAGUGCAUCCAGAAAAGUUCACAAGCAAAACCUUGUAUCUAAAGCUCUUACUGUGGAUAUUUAAUUCCCCAAUUUCAAGUUGACAGAGUUCUCUUAAUCCUAAAACAUUCAUGUAUAUAGUAAAUGAAUUUAUUUUAAAUAUUUUUCCUAAACUUUCUGCUAUACCCAUUAAAUACUUUUUGAUAUUAGAGAACACCUUCACUAUGCAAAAACAGAGAAUCAGACAAAUAGCACUGUUUCCCUGCUUCCUAUGAAGUAUAAAGGGGCAAACGGAUGUCUAAAGUGCCUUUUGCAAAGUGCUACUCUCAUUUCAUUAGAAAGCCUACAAAUGCCGUCAGGCCUCAGACUGUCAUUAGGCUUUUCCCAUUGCAGUCAAGGUGCAAACGCAUUUGUUUGAAGUGUAGAAAUUCACUUCAGGCACAUCGAAAUGUUUGGGGAACAAGAGAGUCCUUUGUAAAUUAUUCUGUUAAGAGCUGGCACCUGUUGAGCUGAUGGGAUUAGAGGGCUGGAAGAAAACAGAAAGUGGAAAUCUAAUCUUUCUUCUUCCAAAUUCCUCUUCCGCUUCUUUUGGCUCCUUAGCCAAAUUUCAGCUCUCUCUAGCUGUGAGAUUUUAAGGAGAAUCUUGGUCAUAGUUAUGCUUAAAAAAUUCUGGGUAGAAAAAAGACCUGUACAACAGAGGUUACUCUAAAGGAAUUGAGAUGAUUCCAGGAUGUCUGCCAUAGACCAACUGGACGUGAAUUUCAUUGUCGUUUUCCAGGUACUUAAGUAUGCUUUUCUAAUUUAACUAGUAGUUACCCUACAGCUGCUUUAGCCCAUUUGAACCUCCUGAGCAUAAGCAGAGGUUACCUACAUCUUGGAUAUUGCUGGUGGUGACUGCCACCAGCCUCUGGCUGGCCAUUCCUCAGUGGCAGGCAGGCGCUGGUGGCAUACGGAAGCCAGCCCACAAGAAGCAGCCCUCGGCAUGAGCUUGGCUGAUGGCAAACACAGAGCCGUACACCCCCAGUGUUUGCUGCUGGCAUUAUGUGGGUGCUGCCAGCUUCACAGGGGAAACAGUUAUCAGCAGAUAUGACUUUCAAAUAAGUGGUUUUUUCUCCCCGUAUCCUUUCUCCCAACCUACACUAAGUGGGGAAAACAUUCAAGUAGGUGUGUGCCAGCUCAGUACGCAUGGAUGUGUGUAUGUGCCUGCCAGCUCAUUAUGCUGUUAGGAUGCUGGGAAGAUAUUUCUGACCAUCGUGCUCCCUUCCAAGCUUAAAACAUAUCUGUUCUAAAUCCUGGUAUUUGUCAGUCUAGUUCCAUGGUAUUUAAAUAAUGAGUCUGUACUAUUCAAAGCACAGAAGUACAUGUGCAUUUAAAUACCUAACAUAUCAUCUGGUGUUUAACAGGAUUCUUAUUGAUAUCUUUUUUCUUCAUUUUAAAAUGCAUUUAUAUAUCAGGAUGUCACACAAAUUAAGCUUCAGAUAAACUAAUAAACCCUGCUGCUACAUUUGAACAUGCCAGUAUACUGCCUGGAUGCUGAUUCAGGAUAAAGGUCUUUAAAUAGCCCAGAAUAAUGCUGAUUACCACGGUGCAACUGCUCUUAUGUAUGUGUUAUGUGGCAGUCCCAGACUUUUGUCUAGUAGCAGUAUGGUUUAUUGCCUUCUCUCCUGAUUCACCUCUGUGACUGAGAUUGGAGCAUCUGCAUUUUUCCCUCCGUAUUUUUCUUGUCCUUAUGUUAGCACAGCGUCAUCACGUGGAGGACCCAGCAUAUCGCUAAGGGAAGAGUGUAGACCUAGCUUUGCUACCUCUUUUUCCCUACCUCCAAAGCAGCAUAGCUCUGUGCAGAGCUCAGGGGCUUCACUUUUCUUCACUUAGACUGCUUCUGGUACCCAGCAGCCAGCCCAAGGACUGCCAGGCUGUGUCGCAGUCUGUGGUAUAGACAUUAUCCUCAAGCUGAAAUUAUUUGAACUUACCAUGUUCUUUUCAAGGCAUCCAAUAGCCAAAUCCUCCCACAAGUAUCUGGGGAAAAACUUUAAAGCUUGCUGCCAAAGCAAUGGAGAGAUAGUGAAACAGGUGGGGUGUUGCAGUGGAGGUGCUCACUCAAAUGCUGGCAAAACCCUUCUGGGUGCUGAGCCCUGGCUGGAGCACGCUGUGAGGACACCCCCUGUGUGGUUCUCUUCUGGGCUCUACCCAACUUUUCUGUGUCAGGUUGCAGGGUAUGAAUAGCACAAGGCACAUAUAUCACAGUACUAAGCACAGUGGCCUGUAAUUAAAUAACACUGAAGGCAUGACUCAAGUUCAGAAAGCUCAGCGGUGGCACUGUAGGGUCCAACUUCACAUGCUGCUGUGGUGUUUCUCCUGCCUUCAUCACGCCUACCAGCCUCUCCCCCCACCUCUCACCAGUCAUACCUUCGUGUUGGGCCUCGGCAUCGCCAGAGAACAUCAGCUCACGUACUACUACCCCACAGCCCCAGCACAGCAAAAACCGAGCAGAGCCUGCCUCUUCUUUAACCUGUUAGCAUCAACAUGGUUGGGGAGGAGUGGGGGGUCGUCUCCAGUGCAAAUCUGUCCCACGGUGCAUGAGCUCAGCCCAGUGCUGUUUGGUUAUAUCAACAUAGAAAUUCAGCAGUGCAGAGGAGAAAACCAGUCACAACAUAUCAAAUCCAAGCCUGCUUUUCCUCUGGGAAAGAUGCCAAUAGACCUCUUUAAAAGGUCAGCUUGGCACAUGAGAUGCAUUGGUCUCCUUAGAUGCUUUCAGACAUUUUUCUGUAUGAAAAGAGAUUUAAGCAUCAUUUGAUAUCUAAUAACUGCAUUCCAAAUUUAUGUUUUAAGAAUUCAUAGUUUUUUCUCUGUAAACAAAUAAGACCAAAAGCCCAUUUGCUGUGUGUCCAUACCUUGCUGCCUUGUCCUUACCUGCUGACUUUCCCAAGGUUUACAUGUCCAGACUUUACCCUGUAGCACAAGCGCAGCUGUAGAGCUGCCUUGAGCAAUGUAGUAGUCAGAAAAGCCAUUACGAUGGAAAUGUCAAUCAUUCCUUAACAAUUAUGUGGUAAAUAAAGACGUUAUUUUUAAGGGACAUAAGUCUCUAGCAGUCGUAAACACUGACAUCAAGUAGCUUGUUUUUCAGGGGCAUUAGCUGUUGGCAAUGACUAAACCCUCGGACUGUUUUUGUUAUUAUUAACCAUCUUGCCAAUUACUUGCCCAUUCCAUGCCAGAAAAUAUUAUUGACUGACAAGGAUCAGGACCUCAGUAUGUGUCUGAACCAGGUGGCAACCAACUCCGGGUGAAAAUCACUGCAAAGGCCUGUAUUUGGCAGUGUUGGAUAAGUAACAUCUAAGCCCACUGUAGACUUUGUUUUGCAAAGGUGUGGUUAACUCCUAUAUCCAGUGUAGUUUAACCUGUGGCAAAAUGUCUGGGUUUAGGUCUGCUCAUUUAUUAUGAGCAGUUACUUUUUCUCAGAGUUUUCCUGUCCACAUGUACCAGGCAUGGACAGGAGACAGCAGUACAGCAGUGCAUCUCAAGUUUGAGCGAGGUGGCUCUGAUGGCCUUGAAAGGUGCCAAGGUACAAGUGCUGCCCAUGAGUGACCUUAUUUCCACCCCCCCCUGCAGAACGAAACAGCAAAAGGCUUUAUCCUGAUUGAGUCAGGAUGUCAUGCCGGAGAGCCAGAAAAGAUUGGAGCGCAUUUGGUUGUCAGUACCCGCAAAUCAAGGAUUUUAUUUUUGCCUGGUAAAUGAAGGGGCAUCAGGAAACAUUCCCUGGCACCAGGAGGCAAUGAGCUGUGCUGUUAAACGUUCAGAGCAGCCCCCAGCACACCUAUGGCCUGUGCUAACCCGCACCCUCAGAGAUCACCCUGGGCUAGGUCAGGAGUCAGGAUCAGUUGGCCUGACAAUCAAGAAAUGACCCUGGUUAAUUUACUGGUGUAGAUGAAGCCUUUGUGAAAUCUAAACCCAAGGUGGCUGUUUUUUCUAAGGGACUGAGCUUCCCAUUGCAAGACCACAUAGGCCUUUUGAUAAUUUGUUUUUCUGGAUGAUACAGAAAUAAAAAUCUCUUUGGAGCUGACCAAAAGCAUAAGGAGACAAAAUGAUGGCUUCAUCUUUUUGCACCUGCUUUUUAACACAGUGAGUAUAUCACUAGUAUUUGGACUGCUCGGUGCUUUUUUCCCCUUUACUUUUACAGUGUACAGUGCAUUGUGGUUUUCGGAACAUGCCAGAUGAGUUGCAAACUGCGAUGUAUUUCAUCCCUAUGCAUGUAGCAAUUCUUUAAACCAAGAUUGCAGACAAUUUGUGCUGUGCCUACCUUUCCAGUAUGACAUUUAAAGACACCUUAGAAAGAAAAGGAGUUUCUGGAGGAAGCAGCAAGGGCUGUUUUGGGAGCCAUGGUCCCAGGGGCUCAUGACGUGCACAGGUUGAUGGGGAAAGUCCUGAACUGCGAAGGUAUUCCAGGGCAUCUGCAGUUCUACAUAGGCAGGUUGAGAAGAUCUUGCAUCACCCCAGGUUUUGUUUUGGAAGAGCGGUGGGAGAGGAAGAAAGCUCUCACUUCAGAUUUUCAUCUGCCUCUACCUGCACGCCAUAGCUUGUGACAUGACACAACGUGCUGUUGUGCAGUCUCAUCUCACACAGAUGUCCUCCAGCCCAGCCCAGCCCAACCCAGCCCCAGCCCUCAUGCCCCAGCAGCCACCCUGGUCUUCCCCAGCAGGUUUUGUGGCUUGGGACUCUGCGCUCAGGGAGCUGAUUUUCCCAGCAUUAGACAGAAGGUCAAGUUUUUGUUAUUAACUUGAUGCUACUUUUCAAUUUCCCAUUCCUUGCUAAUUAUGUUAAAAUAAUGGGUCAUUUUCUGUUUCCAAAACCAUUAUAACUGCCCUUACUAGCUUUGGCUUGUCUGGAUUCAAUUAUUAUUUACACUGAUAUGAAUAACAGCAGAGUUGGGCUAUUGCUUUACAUUUUGUAUCUCUCUAUAUAUGUACACAUAUGCUGAGGAAAGUUAUGUACUAACUUUUGAACAGAACGAACAUUUUCCUUUAAAUUUUAUUAGUAACUGGAUUUAAAACAGGGUCAUGUACUGAAUUGUGCUGGUAACACAAUUCAACUCCACACUUUGUAGUACUAGUUAUAAUAUUACGAUUUGGUUUAUGUAAGAAAAAUAAUCAGAUGUUUACAUA